CAAUGCGGAGCGCGCGCGUCAGUGUUGAUCCGUCGUUGGUUCUGUGUGUUUGUUUUUUUCGUUUCGGUUGCCCGUUGUCGUCUGCCGACGUCUAAAAUAAAAUUACGUGUGUUCAUUUUUUCCCGAAAAACCGUACGGUUGAUUAGAAUAUUAUCGUGACGGCGUCAUCGCGUGUGUACAUACGUCUUCCGCACUAAGAGACUCGAUAUCGUUUUUGUAUGUCCGGGAAAAAUUAAAAAAAAAAUCAACACUACCGCAGACGUUUGCCAACUUUUGCUAUUAUUCGGACGGCCGUCGCUUGCGUGUGUGCGUAACGCGGGUUUUUUUUUCCAAUGUGACUAGUCCCGGAAAGACUCAGCUUUCCCGACCGGCUACACCAAUCAUGUUGCGGUGCCGACUGCAAGUGCUGGGGACACUCUAUCUGAUCAUCUAUAACGCGUUUUGCCUGAGGCUCACGGAAUUAAGAAUCGAAGAACACACACUAGUGGGAAACAGUACACGGUUAGAAUGUAAGUACGACCUACAGGGUGAGAAAUUGUACACAGUGAAAUGGUAUAAAGAUGGAAACGAAUUUUACCGAUUCCUGCCCGGGGAAUCGCCUGAAGUACAAGUGUUCGAAGUGACGGGAGUGCACGUUGAUGAAAAACAGUCAACUGCUGAAAGCGUUGUACUCAAGUCUUUGGAACUGGCUAGUAGCGGCAAAUAUCGGUGUGAAGUUUCCGCCGAAGCGCCAUCGUUCCAAACAGUUACCAAUCAUAGUUCUAUGCUUACAGUUGCGCCGCCCGACGAAGGACCACGCAUAUCCGGCGGACAAGACCGUUACAAACCCGGUGACACGGUCAACGUGAACUGCACUUCCGGCAGAUCGAAACCAGCUGUACAGCUGGCUUGGUACAUUAACGGCGAACAGGUGAACUCGUCUUACCUGCGGGGUCCGUACACGGAAUACGUGGGUCGCGAAGGACUGAUGGUGACCACGCUGGGAUUGAAGUUUGAAGCGGGGAUGCAGCACUUCCGAUCCGCGGCGACUGGCCACCAGCAGCGGAACAGGCACGACAGGGACAUGAAACUUAAGUGCGUGGCCACGCUGGGCACGGUGUACUGGAAAUCCAAGGAGCAAAGUGCGUUAGCGCACCGGCCGCGGGUCGCUUCCGGCGCGCCCGUUUCGACGGCCGACGGCGGUCUGAACGCCGACGAGCAAGACGCUGACUCCAGGGCCGAUCCUGUUCACGCAUCGAGCGACUCGCCUUCCAUUUAUAUUGCUCAAUCAAUCAAAACCAACGAGAUCUCUGUUUUCGUUUCGGCGUCAUUGUUCGUUGUACUUCUCCGGUAGCGAUUGAUCGCCAAAUACAGUUUAUGACGAUACUUAACUAUAUAUCUAUGCAUACAUACCAUUUUAAAACUAACUAAUUAAAAUAAAAAGAAGAAAGAAAAUAUUAAAAACAAAUGAUAAAAAAAAACUUUUAGGUCAUAAGUUAAUUUUAGUUCUUAAAAUUUGAAUGAGACUUACUGAGUUUUUUUUAAAAAGUUAACCAACAAUGAUGGGACUUAUGUAUUGUUAUAACUUUUUAAUACCUUCCCACUACAUUUUGUUCCAUUUCAUUGUAUAAUCUAUUGUUUACACUAGCUGUAAGCUUUGAAAAUAGAUUUUUCAAUCAUUGUUAAACUAUUAUUAUUUAUUACUUUAUUGUAAAAUAGUUUUUAUUGAAUUUUUAUUUAUAAAAAGUGUUUAGCGAUUAAAUUGUAUUAUUGCUAUCAUUAUGUACAGGAAAUUAUUUGCAUACGGACAGAGAGUGGUCCUAUAAUGAUGUAUAUGAUAAAAAAAUACAAACAAAAAAAAACCAGUUGUACAUAUUCUAUAAAAUUAACAAUAUAACAUGUAUAUUAUAUAUAAUUAUUAUUAUCAUGGUAAAUAUGCUAGUCACCGCUUAAAAAUAUGCUAACACCCCCUAGUGAAAACUAUUUAACAUAUUACGUUGUUUACAUAUAAAUUGUAUCUUUGGAAAAUAUAUAAGUCGUGUAUAACUUAAA